AUGAGUUUUAAUGAUAGGGUAAUCCGAUUUUUAACUAUGCUGUUUAUUUCCAAAAAACAAACCGAAUUUUUCUACGAUUUGACUAAAGUCUAUUUUUCCUAUUCUUAUUUCGAUUAUUGGAUACAUAUGAGUUAUAAUACGGAUAUUAGUUACCACAGACUACGAAACCACUACCGAUUCUGGAGAUCUCAAAAUACUGUAGAAGGAAAGGAUGAGUUUUUCAAUGGGCUCGAGGACCUUGGAUUAUGUAAGACAGUUGAAGAUUUUUGGCAGAUAUACCUGUCGCUUCCUAUUGUUGGUACCAAUAACGCUUCUCGUUAUUAUUUGUUCAAAAAUAACAUUGAACCUACAUGGGAACACGAAAAGAAUGCCCAGGGCGGAAGAGUGAUUGUAUCCAUUAAUCGAAAGGACCUAGCUCCGUAUUUAUGGGAAGUUCUGCUUCUCACCACGAUCGGUGAACAGUUUGAUGUGGGAAGCGAGAUCUGUGGAGUAUCCGUAACAAUUAAGCGUAACACAUGUACUUUUAUGGUGUGGAACAAGACAGCAACGUUUGAGCAAGCUAUCCACAAAAUUGAGUAGGCUUUCGAAAAUGGUUUUCUCCUAGAAUGAAAUUGCGGCUUGUAUGGAACGCUCCGCAGCAUCUGCGAAUGGUUUACAAGAUAAAUAAGGUAGCGAUGGAGAAGGUUGC